AUGAAGCUCAACUCUGUUAAUGUCAGUUUCGCUCUUGCUUCGCUUGCCGGAUCGGCUUUGGCAGGUGCAGUCUAUACUCUCGACGACAACAUCGUCGGCGAAGACUUCUACAGCUCUUUCAACUUCGAGGCUAUCCCCGACCCAACUGACGGGCGUGUGACAUAUGUGAACCAAUCAACAGCACAGAUGCUCAACUUGACUUACGCCACGAGCGACACCUUCAUCAUGCGUGCAGAUGACACUACGGUCUUGACUUCCACCGGGCCGGGCAGGAAUUCAGUCAGGAUACGGUCCAACAACCAGUACACGCAGCACGUUGUGGUCUUUGAUAUGCCGCACAUGCCCGAAGGAUGCGGAACAUGGCCUGCUGUCUGGGAAACCAACGAAGCCAAUUGGCCUGACGGUGGUGAAGUCGAUAUUGUGGAAGGCGUGAAUAAUGUGGAACCUAACCAGUCGACACUCCACACUAGCCCUAACUGCACCAUGCCAGCAAACAUUACCCAGUUAGGCACCCCGGUUGAAACCGACUGUGACACUGCAGUCGAUGGAAAUGCGGGUUGUGGUGUACAGCUCACGGAAGACUACAACAGUUUUGGUCCAGGAUUCAACAGCAUCGGUGGAGGAUGGUAUGCUAUGGAGCGCACAGAUAGCUAUAUCGCGGUGUGGUUCUGGGAGAGAGAUGACGCUUCCGCUCCAUCCGAUGCUACCAGUGGUGCAUCGACCAUCGACACCAGCCUCUGGGGAACUCCUGCCGCUUACUUCCCCAACACCGACUGUGACCUUGCGUCUCACUUUGAUGCCAACAACAUUAUCAUCAACUUGACGUUCUGCGGUGACUGGGCAGGCAACGCAGCCGUCUAUGCUGCUUCUGGAUGCCCAUCGGACUGCGUGACUUACGUCGACAGCAACCCUACCGCGUUCACAAACGCUUACUUCCAAUUCUCGUCCAUCAACAUCUACACGUAG